UCUACUGCGUAACUAACGCAGUAAUGACUAUUUUUGCAUAAUUUAUCCUCUUUUUUAGUAAUUUACGUGGGUUGUAAGUGCCAUUGAUGAUGUGUAAAUUGCUUCCUUUUGGUUACUUCACUAAAAAUACUUUUAGAUAAAUUUUCAAAUUUUUUAUGAAAAUUAACAUGAAUCUGGAGGCGUGCUGCUUUAAGAGGAUAUUCCACCGCCUGGCUGUGCAAGAAACUUUACACUCAUUGCUCAGUACUGUUGGUUCCAGGAACGGAUUCGAAAGUGUUUGAAGCUUAUAGCUUCCUACACAAUCGAACUCAAAUAAAUUCUGUAUAAACCAAUAACCAGUUUUGUUUGCUUAUAAGUGUGUAUUAGAUUUUCCACAGACUCAGGAUUUCAAAUCAAACAAAAUGCAAUAGCUUUAUCCAUUAUGUAAUGUUGAAAAUAUGAAACUCUACUAUUUGUAUGGAACGUGUCAACAAAGAUCUUUGGGCGCGCGCUAUAGCUACUUGCGCAUGCGUUGUGUUUUUGAAAACAGAAGGCUUGCAUUACUCUAAUUUAAUCAUAUCAUUUUGACGCAACUGUCCCGCGUCUCAAGAUACGAUCACCAUACUGAAUUUAUUUAUAUAUUGGUUGGCUAAUAAACAAAGUUACAUCAGUUUAAAACAAUGGCUUUGACUGCUGGAUUUGUAAUUAUUAUCGCUGUUUUAUUCGGAACAGUUUAUUCAAGCACGUGUAAAGCAUUUCAAAUAAGCAAGAACAAUCUUAAUAAAGCAUUGAUCGGUCAUUCCGUGCUUGUAAUUAAUGAUACGAAUCAUCAAGACUGUGCGCGGACCUGUAUGUCAAUGUCUGUAUGUAAAUCUACUGACUUUGAUAGACAGGAAAACAGGUGCAAAUUGAACGAUGCUGAUCGAUCGUCUGUUCAUCCAUCGGAGUUUGAGACCAAAGGAGGCGCUGUUUUUUCUGACAUCAGCGAAUGGCCUAGCACAAUGGUUAAAAGUUGUAGCUCAAGGCCAUGCAAAGUGAACCAAAGAUGUUAUCAGAAAGGUGAUUCUCACGUGUGCAAAGAUAUAACUUGUGACAUUAACCUGACCAUAGACAAUGGUAAAAUACAGGUAAAUAAGCCGGGAGAAAACAAGUUCCUUGACAUUGCUGCAGUGAAAUGUGACACUGGAUAUUUUCCAAGUCAGCAAGAAGUGAAAUGUGAGGCAUCGGGGAAAUGGCAGCCUGUAACAUGUGAAUUACCACGUGAUUGCAAGGAUGUCCUCGAUAAAAUCCCUAAGGCAAAAAGUGGACAAUAUCAGAUAGAACUUUGGAAGUCCGGGAAGGUCCUGACUGUUCAUUGUGACAUGGAAACAGACGGUGGUGGCUGGACG